UACCAUCCCUCCACUCUUCCUAAACCCCUCAAAUCUCUCUCUCUCUCUCUCUCUCUCUCUCUCUCUCUUCAAUGGCAGAGGAAGCUCAACCGGCCGCCCAGCCAUCACCACCGUCCACGGAGGUCGUGGUGGCGGCAGAUCCAGCCCCUGAGAAACCAACAGACAAGGACCCGCCGCCCGCUCCAACCCCAGAACCUGAAGACCCGAAACCCACAUCCGAAACCGCGCCUGUUUCAGAAGAGGCCGACACGAAACCCGCGGCGAUCGAAGAAGAGGCGAUCCCACAAUCCGUCUCUUUCAAAGAAGAAAGCAAUCGGGUAUCGGAUCUCCCAGACCCGGAAAGGAAAGCCCUCGAAGAGCUCAAGCAGCUUAUCCAAGAGGCCCUGAAAAAGCACGAAUUUACAUACGUGCCACCGCCUCCCAAAGAGGAGAAGUCCGAUCCUCCGGCACCCGAAGAAGCAAAACCUGCUACGGAAGAGCCUGUUGCGGUCGAGCCGGAGCCGGCAACGACGGCUGAGGAGCCGCCGAAGCCGGAAUCUGAAACCGUCCCUGCCGCGGCUGAAGAAGAAAAGCCACCGGCGGCAGUUGCAGAGCCGGAAGCCGUCAUAACAGAGGUGGUGGAAGAAACCAUCGUCGCUGCCGCCGUUGCUGCUACCCCUGCCGUUGAUGAUGACGGUGCCAAGACGGUUGAAGCAAUCGAAGAGACCGUGGUCGCCGUCACCGCUCAUGCACCGCCGCCGGAAUGUGACGCGCCUACCAAAGAAGCAGAGCCUGCUGCGGCGGAGCCUGCUCCAGCGGAAGUAGCAGCUCCUGAGCUGCCGCCAGAGGAGGUCUCCAUUUGGGGAAUUCAGCUUCUGAGCGACGAUGAACGGAGCGAUGUCGUCCUGCUGAAAUUCCUUCGGGCCAGGGAUUUCAAGGUAAAGGAGGCCUUUGCCAUGAUCAAGAACACAGUCCGCUGGCGGAAGGAGUUUGGGAUCGACGGCCUCCUUGAAGAAGAUCUUGGAAAUGAUUUGGAGAAGGUGGUUUUCAUGCACGGGUUCGAUAAGGAAGGGCACGCCGUCUGUUAUAAUGUAUACGGGGAAUUCCAGAAUAAGGAGUUGUAUCAGAAGACUCUGUCGGACGAGGAGAAAAGGCAGAAAUUCCUGCGGUGGCGGAUCCAGUUCUUGGAGAAGGGAGUCCGGCAGCUUGAUUUCAGCCCGACCGGCAUCUGUACUCUCGUUCAGGUCACCGAUUUAAAGAAUUCGCCAGGGCCUGGUAAGAGAGGGCUGAGGCAGGCAACGAACCAGGCAGUUUCAUUGCUUCAAGAUAAUUACCCUGAGUUCGCUGCAAAACAGAUAAUGAUCAAUGUUCCAUGGUGGUAUCUGGCUUUCAAUCGGAUGAUCAGCCCUUUCCUGACUCAAAGGACCAAGAGCAAGUUCGUUUUUGCAGGGCCGUCGAAAUCGACAGAGACCCUUUUCAAAUACAUAGCUCCUGAGCAAGUCCCUGUUCAAUUUGGAGGCCUGAGCAAGGACAAUGACACAGAUUUCAGCACUACUGAUGCUGUUACUGAGAUUACAAUUAAGCCAGCGUCCAAACACACAGUCGAAAUUCCAGUUUCUGAGACUUGCCUUCUUGUUUGGGAGCUUCGUGUCCUAGGGUGGGAUGUGAGCUACGGCGCAGAAUUUGUGCCGAGCGCCGAAGAUGGUUACACGGUGAUCGUGCAGAAGACGAGGAAGGUGACUGCAACUGAUGAGCCGUUCGUGAAGAACAGCUUCAAGAUUGGCGAGUCGGGCAAGGUGGUGCUCACCAUCGACAACACCACCUCUAAGAAGAAGAAACUCCUCUACAGAUCCAAAACCAAAAGCUCCUCUGAGUGCAUAUGAGUUGCAAGAGAGAAAUGAAAUAAAAGCUAAUGGAAAUUAGAAGCUCUAUCUGCUAUCUGCAUGAACUGCUACUGCUGCCAAGAUGGGGGGGAAUUGAGUUGGUUUUUUGUUCUUCUAUAGUUCUUUCUUUUUUAAUUUAAUGUUAUUUAAUUAUUUUUCUUUUUUUAUUGGGGUUGUUUUUCCUUAUUUUAAGUGAAUUGGUGUUGUUGGUUUGUGGGACUUUCAUCGAGGAAUAGAUGGACUUUGAGAAAGAAAGGGGCAAGAGCUCUGCUUUGUCCUGUAAAUUUCAUGUGUACAUGGAUUGAAUUGGGUCUUUUGAGAUAUUAUUAUAAGUUAUUAUUUGAUUGUCUCUGUC